AUGGAAACAGACGGUAGGGAUAACAGUGACAGCAGACGUAGUGAUAACAGCGGCAGUAGACGUAGUGAUAACAGCGGCAGUAGACGUAGUAAUGACAGUGACAGUAAACGUAGUGAUAACAGCGGCAGUAGACGUAGUGAUGACAGCGACAGUAAACGUAGUGAUAACAGCGGCAGUAGACGUAGUGAUAACAGCGGCAGUAGACGUAGUGAUAACAGCGGCAGUAGACGUAGUGAUAACAGCGGCAGUAGACGUAGUGAUAACAGCGGCAGCAGACGUAGAAAUGAUAACAGUGACAGUAGACGUAGUGAUAACAGCGACAGUAAACGUAGUGAUAACAGCGGCAGUAGACGUAGUGAUAACAGCGACAGUAAACGUAGUGAUAACAGCGGCAGUAGACGUAGUGAUAACAGCGGCAGUAGACGUAGUGAUAACAGCGGCAGCAGACGUAGUGAUAACAGCGGCAGCAGACGUAGUGAUAACAGCGACAGUAAACGUAGUGGUAACAGCGGCAGUAAACGUAGUGAUAACAGCGGCAGUAAACGUAGUGAUAACAGCGGCAGUAGACGUAGUGAUAACAGCGGCAGUAGACGUAGUGAUAACAGCGGCAGCAGACGUAGUGAUAACAGCGGCAGUAGACGUAGUGAUAACAGCGACAGUAAACGUAGUGAUAACAGCGGCAGUAAACGUAGUGAUGACAGCGACAGUAAACGUAGUGAUAACAGCGGCAGUAGACGUAGUGAUAACAGCGGCAGCAGACGUAGUGAUAACAGCGGCAGUAGACGUAGUGAUGACAGCGGCAGCAGACGUAGUGAUAACAGCGACAGUAAACGUAGUGAUAACAGCGGCAGUAGACGUAGUGAUAACAGCGGCAGCAGACGUAGUGAUAACAGCGGCAGCAGACGUAGUGAUAACAGCGGCAGCAGACGUAGUGAUAACAGCGGCAGUAGACGUAGUGAUGACAGCGACAGUAAACGUAGUGAUAACAGCGGCAGUAGACGUAGUGAUAACAGCGACAGUAAACGUAGUGAUAACAGCGGCAGUAAACGUAGUGAUAACAGCGGCAGUAGACGUAGUGAUAACAGCGGCAGUAGACGUAGUGAUGACAGCGGCAGUAGACGUAGUGAUGACAGCGGCAGCAGACGUAGUGAUAACAGCGACAGUAGACGUAGUGAUAACAGCGGCAGUAGACGUAGUGAUAACAGCUGCAGCAGACGUAGUGAUGACAGCGGCAGUAGACGUAGUGAUAACAGCGACAGUAGACGUAGUGAUAACAGUGGCACUAGCAGUAGUGAUAACAGCGGCAGUAGACGUGGUGACAACAGCGACAGAAGACCUAGUAGUGAUAACAGCGGCAGUAGACGUAGUGGUAACAGCUGCAGUAGACGUAGAAAUGAUAACAGCGGCAGUAGACGUAGAAGUGAUAACCGGUAGUAGACGAACAGCGGCAGUAGACGUAGUGAUAACAGCGGCAGUAGACGUAGUGAUAACAGCGGCAGUAGACGUAGUGAUAACAGCGGCAGCAGACGUAGAAAUGAUAACAGAGACAGUAGACGUAGUGAUGACAGCUGUAGUAGAUGUAGUGAUAACAGUGGCAGUAGACGUAGUGAUAACAGCGGCAGUAGAUGUAGUGAUAACAGCGUCAGUAGACGUAGAAAUGAUAACAGCGGCAGUAGACGUAGAAGUGAUAACGGCGGUAGUAGACGAACAGCGGCAAAAGACGAGGUUCUUCACAAGCACUACGAUACCUACGUGCAUGGCUGA